AUGAGUCUCCUGCCCUGGCUUAACAAGGGCUCUUCUGUACCGAUCCUCCAGUGGCCGGCAGUCUGUCUUGCCGAGAGUGUCGGAGUUCCGUCUCUGGGUGUGAUUGGACGGCGGUUUCUGCGUAAUCACAUGGAGCCUAGGCCUUUGGGUGUUGCAAAGUCACAGUCUGCUCGGCUGUCCGUCGGAAAAUACGACACUGAGUCAAGUUGA